GUUCUGCAUCACAAGAUGUUUGGCCUAGAUCUUCAGCCAAUUUCUCUACGGUUGAAUGGGACUCCCUCUGACUGUUUAUCAGAAUACCUGGCUAUUGAUAUGAAAGGGUUUUCUGUUUUGUACAAUGCAAUAAUUCUGGGAAAGUGUUUUAAAGCAAAACUGUGGGAGAAUUCAAAGCAUGUUUCCCGGCAGUUAGACAAAAUUGGAGUUGCUAUGUCCACUUUAUUAGUAAAUGCUGGUAUAACAACAUUUGAAAGUUUAAAAAGAACAAAUCCUAGAGAAAUAGAAAUGAUUCUGAAUCGGAACCCACCAUUUGGCUCAGUUUUAAUAGAUGGUGCCAAGCAAUUGCCACAAUAUGGCAUUGAAGUUGAGCAGACUUUUACCAUUCAAAAUGCAGUUGUUACUGUAUGUAUUACAGUUAUGCUUGCAAAUGUUGAAGAUCUACAGAAAAGAAAAAAAUUUAUGGCGAACACUGGCUUCUAUAUAAUUAUUGGUGAUGCAGAUAAUAAUGUUCUUCUAAAUAAAAAAAUAAUGUAAGCAUAUUUAAGUGUUCUGAAAACUAUCAAAAUGAUAAAUGUGUAUUUAAGUAUUAAAUUUAUAUAUAUGAAUGGGCAUAGGAAUGUCAUUCAGCAUGUCUGGCAGAAACUCUUGCAAGAAUGCAAGGUAAAUACCACUGUCAAGUCUUUAUGGGAGAAUGUAUGGACCAAGCACAGUCAUCGACAGUGCCAGCCCACAUAUUGAGGAUAAAUUUGCACUGUGAGGCAUACGUAUAUGUAUCAUGUGGGUUUUCAUCCGCCCAAGUAUGCAAGUUGCGAACAUUCAUCUUACCUCUAAUGAGAACAUAGCCUCAUUAGUGAAGAAAACUAACACUUGCUGUAAAGUUUCAGUCUGCAGCAUUUUGUCGCAAAAACACCAUGCAAAUUCCAUGCGUUUGCUGUAGUAUUCCGAUUCCAGUGCCUGGAUGCAUUGUAAAUAAAAAGGAUGCUGUCCUUCAUCAUGUAAAAUGCAUCAGAUAGUAGGUAGGAUGGGGGAUAUAAGUGUAUCUGGGGGUACAACUCAUAUACGUGUUAAGGGAUUACAUUCCAGUUCUUGGAGAAUGCUUUCUUCUGAAAAAACUGUCCGAGUUCUUCAUUGGUGACCAGCAUCCUGCUUAUGCACAUUGAACAAGCCAUUUCGCUCAGUCAUCUAUGCUGAGUGUCAAAUAAUGAGUGGCAAAUCACCUUUCUAUCAGGAUAUUUCUCAUGAUACAUUUGCACGGCUUCACGUCUAUUGCAGUUGGCCAUGUCAUAAAUCAAAUACAUGUCAGCCAUUUUGUAGUACAUGUAACUAGCUAUGUUGCUACCUACAUGUACACAGCUUGAAUAUAUAUAUAUAUAUAUAAUUUUAAA